AUGGAGGUUUCGGUGUCCUCGCAAGCCGCAGGACGAGAUGCCCUGGCCCGCGUCGAGGCGGCAGUCGCGGCUGCGACGCUGCCGUUGCUCAUGACGCCGCACCGCAGCAGCGCCGAGCAGCGUGAGGCCUUUCUGAACCAGGUGUACACCGAUUAUGCGGAGUUGCAGAGGCAACGGGAGGAGAUAGACAGUCGCAAGCGACAGAUGGACUUCACCAUGUAUGAAAGCAACCGGCAGGACAUUUAUGAUGUGCUCUUCGCCAACGUCGAUGCAGCCGACGGUGCGCUCGGCAACUGGGAUACCUGGGAGAGGGUAGAGGCGGUUGUGAAACGCUACGCGUACGGCAAACCGCGACACACGGCACAAGAAAAGAGGGAAAUGUGUGCAAUGCAGAGCCGCCUUGACAAUCUCGGUCAGGGACUGCAGGAAAAAACAGCAAGAGUACAGUGCCUUUCCUUCAACCUGGAUGCGGUGCAGAAGGAGCUCGCUGGUGUUCUGAAGCUGCUGCACCUCAAGGACACCGAGAUUCGAAAGCUGAACAGCCAGAACAGCACAGCAAAACUGCAGCUGCGCUACCUCGAACGAGAGUGCGCCGAACUCCGCGGCUUCCACGGCGAGAACGAGCCGUCAGUGCUCAAGAAAGACUUCGGAUUCCUGAUUGAGGCGAACAAGUCAUUGGAACAGGAGAACUCUCAGCUGCGACGCCGCUUAAAUGCCCAGGAAAGCGCUGUUGGGGCAGCUCCCACGCACAAGGCGUUCCUCGACGAAGAGGCGGCUACUCCCUGUGAGUCGCCUCACGAAUGGGACAGAGCACCGCCAUCCGAUGUGACGGAGGAGAACCUCGUGGACCAGGACAUUGAAGACGACUCCUACCGGCGCAAGCUGCUGCGAGAAAACAUCCCUCUUUCUGCGGCUAUUGUCGACGCAAAGUCCGAAGUCGAGCUGUGGAAGCGACGUUUGGAGGCAGAAGUCAGCUGCGCCAUGGAGAUGCUCGACCGAGACGCACAGCUGGCGCAGCAGAUGGUUCGGGGGCCCGGCGGCUUUGGAGGGGCGCAGUGGGGACCGUCCGUGGACAGUGACGUUAUUGUGUCCUACGCAAGGUACGAAGACAUCGCCGAAACGCGGCCAUGUCUGAAAACCCUGUCCGUGGUUACAGCUCCGGCACUUCCGAGGCUCGUCUCUUCCUCAGCCGCCGCUCAGAAGCGCGUCUUAACGGUAACGCUCGAGGGCGCUACCAUGGCGGUGCCACCAACAACGACAGUGACGUCUUUGCAGAAUGCUGCCCCUAACCCAGAGCAGCAACGGGAGCCUCUGCAGGAGCGAAAGAAGGUCCUCAAGUCGCGUUCGUCGACUCGCGGGUCGCGACCCAAAAAGACUGCGUUCACGACUGCUACCACCACGGCUCCUGUUGUCUCACACCAUCCCGAUGCAUCAACAGCGGCGUCGACGUCACUGUCGACAAAGAGGGACGUAGCCCGUGGGCCUGGAGGCGGUCGUGCCGCUGCAACCACCACAGCAGUGCCCGCUCCCUCCUCCUCCUCCGCGGCACUGACGCAGCUGAAAAGCGCUGUGCUCCAAUGCGCUGAGCUCUCCCGUGCGAAUGCCCUUCGGCGCGAGCUGCUGCACGUGCAGUGGUUUCGGCAGCAAAUGGAAGGGGAGCGCGAGCGGGUUGCCUGGCUAGUGGCCGCCCAGUCCCACUCUGCUAACCAGGGAGCAGCGGCCACUACGCAUCAUGACGCACAACAGCGUGAGCAGGUCCAAAGCGCGUCCCACACGGGCGAGCACGAAACCGUCACUCUCGCGCUUCCCAUCGUGAACGAGGCACACACUGAGGCCUUGUCUCUCGGGGCAUCCUCCAGUUUGUCCUCCGCACCUGUCCGGCUGCGGCAUCUCGUGCAAGAGAGUCGCCCAUCAAUCGGGCAGGGCGAUAAGGACGGUGGCGAGGUGGACGGCUGCCCUAUGGGUAGUGCACGCGACGGCGGCGGUGGAGCUGGGCUUUCCGCGUCGCCGAGCCGUCCGUUGCACUCAACCUCACCGGCACUCCAUGCGCGAACGUCAGUGACCUGGCUGCAUCCGUCUGCGUCGCAGAUAUCUACUGGGUAUGCCCGCAGCGCGACUGGCAACACAACCGUGGCGCUCGACGUGCUACAGCCUCAACCGCCCGCUUCUGGUGCAGAUGCUGCCGUUGCGCCUGUUUUACCCCUCACAGAAGAGGGUGGACAAGUUGCUGGCGGUACCGUGACCAGUGGCUCGUGGGCUGGAUCGAAAGAGGCGGCAGGUCGACGCCGUACCGUGCGUGCGGGAGGCCUUGCCCUACAGGCAGGCUGGCUGCGUCAACAAAUGCAGCAACUCACUCUUGAUGCGACCGCGUUUGGGAAGGAGGUGCAGGAGGCGCUUGGCCUGUUGAGCAUGCUAUUUGCGCAGCAGCAGCUGCAUAUCCAGAACAUGCCCGAGGAGGAGACGAUGUUGACGAUGAAAGCUACGGCGCAGCAGGCGCUAGAAGAGGCCGCUAUUGCCCGAGCAGCAUACCUGCUAGAGAAGCACUAUGGUGCACAACCUCGUGACUUCUAUGCAGCCAAGCCUGGGCCCCUCUCUGAGAAGGCGACGGACGAGGAGUGGCUUGCUCACGAGUUGCGCUUGGCGGCACUGGAGAUGCUUCGAGAGACGCCGCAGUCCCACGCGCUGUGUGGCGGUUACGGCAGAGAGCACAGCCCCGGUGCCACCUCCCAGGCUGCCGGUGCGACCCCGUCACGCCGCCCUUGGUUGACAGAGGCAACAGGGGACGGUGCUGGCCUCCAGGCACAUCAGUUUUUCGAAGAAGACAUUCUGAAGCUAUGCCGGCCAUAUCCGAAAGGCACCUUUGGCACUGUGAGCCGAUGGAGCGCACCUGCCGCAAGCUGCAGCGGUGACCAACAUGGCUAUGCUGAGGAGAAGCGGGAAGGGGCCGACGCCAACGGGAUGCGUGUGCGUCAGCCGGUUGUGCGUGAUGGACGACGCAUGCUUGGUAGCGCCUUGCAUCCACUGCCGCCGUCGCCCCUGGAUUGGCACUGGAUGGCUCGCGACCUUCUCGGUCUGGAAUUGCCCGGCGCCGUCCACCACGGAACCUCACAGGAGCCCAGAGGGCGGGUGGGAGGUCUCAGCGCAACAGCAAUGGUAUCGCCCACGCCUUUGUGGUGGCACGCCCCUCCUCCGGACAUCGAAUCACUUCGGCCGACGGUCUUGCGGUAUGACUUCGGUGUCGCCCGGCGACAGGCGCAGGAGCGUGUGAGAGAGCACGUGAAGCAGGCAACGGCGUACAUCUGCGGAAGCAGCUUCGAUGAUUUUGUGCGUCAGUACAUCGUGCCCAUCAUUUCGAUUGCCACGCGGGUGAUCAGCGGCCCUGGCAUGGACGCGGCACUCCGCGCUGCGGUUCGGCAGCUACGUGAGAAAGCGCGUCAGGACUGCAAGCACAACGUGCGUUUGCUCUUGAACCGCGUCGCUAAUAAUAUUCGCACCCGAAACCUUCUCCGGAACCGCGUCGUCCACGGCGAGGGCUUUGUGUCGUUUGUCGGUGUGCUCUACAACAAGUGGCGCAACAGACUGGAGGAGGAGAGGCGCCAGAUGCGCGCAGAACAGCGCGCCAGGCACGCGUCUGUCUUGUCUCUCAUGCAUCUUCAAGCGCCUGCUGGUUCCUCGAUGGCGAACAUGCGGCCGCCGAUGAAGAGCUCGGCGCACGCGCCCAACAGCGGAGUCAGCGGCGACGGUGUCUUCCUUCCCCAGUGUCCACUGCAGCCCUCGAGUUACCACUUCGACAGGGUCAAAUUUGGAAAAACGUAA